AUGACUUUCACGGGAAGCUGCAUGUGCGGCGGCAUUACUUACGCCAUUGAGGCUGACAAGUACCUGUCCGCCUUGUGUCACUGCAUCGACUGCCAAAAGUGGACCGGCGGUGCAUUCACCUCCAACGCCGUUGUUCCCCGUGCCAGCGUCAAGGUCACCAAAGGCACACCCAACUCCUACGAUGCUACUGGCAAGAGUGGCAAGAUCAACAAGCACUUCUUCUGCCCUACCUGCGGCUCAGGUCUCUACACCGAGCUGGAGGUCAUGCCUGACAUGACUUGCGUUAAGGCUGGAACCCUGGACGGAGGCGAGGCUAACCUCGGAGGAAAGGUUGAGAUUGAGUUCUAUGUUAAGGACCGUCCUAGUUACCUCGCUCCUGUUGCUGGUGCUAAGCAGGAGCCGAUGUUUGGUUGA